CGUCUCUUGCUGACGGUGGUGCUUGGUGUUUGACACCAGAUCGGAUCUUCUGAGCUCGAGUUUGGCCUACUGGUGUACUUUUUGGGACGCGUUAGACUGUAAAUGUGCGCCGCAGGAGGGUUCUUCGAGAGCUACUUCGUCCCUUUAAAUGCACGGUCGGCGGUUUUAUCGCGGUGCUCAACUGCGCGCGUUCACCGCGGACAAGAACUCGCCCCACAGACAGCCAGCCGAGGCAGACCCGCACUCAUCGGUGUCUGCACGCUGCGGGCAAUAAAAGUGCUUUCUAGACCAACUUAGCUCGUUUCUGCUUGUUUGGACUGCAGUGUUGCUGUGGUUGUGUGUGUGUGUGUGUGUGUGUGUGUGUGUGUGUGGUCUCAGGCACCUACGCCUCUGUUGGUGGGUGUGCUUCAAAACAAACCUGCGUUUUCCAGCGCUGGCCGCCUACAUUUAUAAUUCACCAAAGCGGGUCACCUGGACCUGAACAUUAAUAACAGAUCGACUGAAGAUCGGCGGUGUGAUCGAUAAAGCUCCUCUGAUUGACGAAGCUGAACUUUGGGUUUAACCGCUAGUUUCUUAUUCGGAUUUCCCCGGUCCACCUUAAAUAGUGCUGCAGAACGUAGCUGCUGCAACCAUUUAAUGAGUCGCAAGAGUACUACUGCUGCACAGUUUAAGGUGGAGCGGGGCAGUUCGAGUCAGACGCAGACAGAUAGGAAGUCAAGUUCAGCCUCGUUUUUAUUGUGAACUUAUUGGGUUUGACGGGUCUCCUGCGGUUCGGCCACGUUUACUGUUCUAUGUUUGGCUUUCAUAAGCCGAAGAUGUACCGCAGUCUGGACGGCUGCUGUAUCUGCAGGGCAAAGUCUUCCAGCUCGCGCUUCACAGACAGUAAACGCUACGAGAGAGACUUCCAGAGCUGCUUCGGGCUUGGCGAAACACGCUCUGGUGAAAUUUGCAAUGCUUGUGUGCUGCUGGUGAAACGCUGGAAGAAGCUUCCUGUUGGAUCCAAAAAGAACUGGAAUCAUGUGGUUGAUGCGCGAGGCGGACCCAGUCUAAAGAUGACGGUGAAGUCUAAGAAAGUGAAGCCUCUCUCCAGGAGAAUCAGGCCGAGUCAAAUCUGCCGCGUGCAGAACGAACUGAAAAGAAACAACUCUGACGCUCAUAGCACCACGUCCAGCGCCAGCCCGGCCCAAUCUCCCAGCUACAGCAACCAAUCAGACGAGGGCUCUGACUCCGAGCUCACUCCUGGCUCCACCCGAUCCCCAGUCUUUUCGUUCCUAGACCUGACCUACUGGAAAAGGCAGCGGGUGUGCUGUGGCAUUAUCUACAAAGGUCGCUUUGGAGAAGUGCUGAUUGACCCCCAUCUCUAUAAGCCCUGCUGUCAGAAGAAACAGGAUCGGGAGCAGGAGGAGGAGGAGGAUGAGCAGGAGGAAGAGGAGGUGGAUCUGGUGAAGGAGGAAGGAACGGCUGAUCAGAGCCUGCUGGCCUCUCCACUCCCCCAGCCACUCUCUCCCCCUCUGCCAGUCAAAACGGAGGUCGAGGAGGAAGAGUGGUAGGGACCCUUUAACGGAGAACUGAUUCGGCAUUCUAAGGAAGCCUUUGAGGGUUUGGGGGCUGAUGUCGUCUUCCGGCACUCUUAAAGAACUCCUCUCAGAUUGCCUUCAAUUCAAGAGCAGCUGGAACCAUGUCCAAGUUUUUGAUUUAGUUUAUUUUGGGGGUGUUGGUGGGGUGGGCAUCUGUUGCUGUGUGUCUGCUGAUUUGUGUGGUUUUAUAUACAUGUAAUAUUUUAAGUUGUCUCUCUAUUGUUCAAGCCUUCUUUAAUAGCCCACAACCCUUAACAGGUGGAUAAACUGUUUUCUUAUUCUUUCUUCACUUUUCCUUUUGAAAA